GUCUUAAUAUAAAUUAAAUCAAACACAUGCUUAAUUUAUUCCAGAAAAGAAAAAAAAAGAAGCAAACACGAACACUGCAAAUUCGUCUUGAACAUCGAAAUUUCCGGCGCAGAACACCCUUUGAUGGCAACCGACAAUUCCGAAGUCUAUCACGAAAGGCAAAGAUUACAGUUCUGUCUCGUUCAUUCUCUCAACUCCCUUUUUCAGCAAAAGGAUGCUUUUACUAGAGCAAAAUUGAAUGAAAUUUCUGAAAGAAUCGCAAUUCAAGACUCCAACACAGAAACGUGGACCCCAUUCUCUUUUAUAUUCAAGCCCCAUCACAAUGUUUUCACUGGAAACUAUGACGUAAAUGUUCUAAUUGCGGCUUUGGAAGAGAAAGGAAAGAGUGUGGAGUGGCAUGAUCGUAGAAAGGGGGCAUCUUGCAUUGAUCUUGAUGCACCAGUUUUGAUGGGGAUUGUGAUCAAUGUGUCAGCGUCGAGGUUUGGUGGGAUGUGGAGAAGUAGGCACUGGAUUGCAUUGAGAAAGAUUAAUGGGGUUUGGUUUAACUUGGACAGUGACCUUGACGCCCCUCAACCUUUUCUUGAUACACAUGAAGUAAGGGAGUUCUUGGAUGUUACAUUGGCUCAUGGAGGAGAGGUUUUGAUUGUCUUGAACGAAAAAUACUUAAACGUGUGCUCUGCAAAGUCACAGGGCGGCACUGCAUCUGCAAUAGAAAAAACUCCUCAUUCUACAAUUCCCACCUCUCUAAAGAUUCUGCUUCCAAAGUCUCCCCUACAAUCCCUCUCAACUUUAUAUAACAUCAUCAUUGCUCUCUCUCCUAAUGCUGCUAUCAUCAGUCAAACUGGAAUAAGCAACAAAAUGAGUCACAGUGGCUACAUCAAUGAAAAAACAGGCUUGUCCUUGAGACAGAAUUCCAGCAGGAAAUCAACAAGAAAUGGACAAGUGAAGAGUUGCAUGUUCAGGAUUCCUUGGCAGUCUGAGACCUCUCCCGUUGAACUUGUGAAGGAUCUUGCAGAAAGAAUAACUAAUGCUCUACGCUUGAUGUCUUCAAGGAGAUCUUUACACCGAGGCUCUUCUUCCCUAACAAGAUCAAAAUCAGCAGGCUCCUCUGUUGAUUUUCAUAGAACUGCUGCUGUUGAGGACUGCAUUGAGUUCAUCCACUCUUCUUUUUCAAGAUCAAACUCUUCAACCACAGCACCCCGCCAAGAUUCUGUACAAGCUCCUUGAUUUGAGACAGUUACAAUCAUGUGCUUGAUGCCAUGUUAAAGUGUAUAUCUUCCUUUCUUCUUUCACCUCAUAAUGAUGGGAAUUAAGCCAUCCUUUUAUGCUUCUGUACAAACAGAAUCAGUGUAUAUUCAUUCUUCUGAUAAAUUUCUUACAAGGUGUUUUAAGUUUCAAUGAAACAAAUGCAAUAAUCGAAGUUUUUCUAAGAAAUAUUAU